GCUUCGUGUUUGGUGGCGCCCUCACGGCCCUCACGCAGUACCAUUGCUGCAGCGUUGUGCCCCGCUUCGUGGAGGAUCCGGCUGGCACUCUGCAAAAGGUCCAGGAGUUCUUUGGGCGCCACGUGCGUGCGCGGCUGUCACCAUUUCAAGCAUGCAUCGUCGACUUUGCUUUCUUGGAAGAUGGCGGCAUGCGUGUCAUCGAGCUGAACCCCUUUGGACCACAAACCGGCGCCCUGCUCUUUGAUUGGCAGCGGGAUGCAUUGAUCCUUGCGGGAUGGUGGUCCCAACGUCCGGUGUUCAGGUAUGUGAAGAACUCCAAGGAGGCUGGCGGCUAUGGGCAGCUGCCCUUGAAGCAGAUCUUGGCAAAGUUGGACUCGCUCUCCUGA